UUUCCGGCGGUUCUUUGGCGCAUUUUUUCGAAGUCUCAAGGAAAGACGAUCAGUCAAACGAAGAUUUCUUUUCAAUAACAUGAUUGCGUCUUUGUGACAUUUCUCUAACUUGAGCAAAACUUGUUGAGACUUGAAAGGAAUAAAUUUAGAGAACAUGUCUGAUGAAGAUGUCAGAGUUGCUGGCCAGCACCUGGCAAGGGUUUCUAUCCAUGACAAAAAGCCAUUACAAGAAGUGCAAAACCUUCCUCUACACGAACCACGCAGUCCUGUCAAACCUGGACUGUAUAAUGUCACGCCGGGAAAGCGAGAAACUCCAGUCAGAUCGGGAUCCGAUUCAUCGCCGAGUUUAAAUGAUCAAGUGAAGUAUAACAGUCUCAUAGCUAAAGCCAAAAAGUUCACCAAUGACGGGCGUGUGCCUGAAGCCAUGGAGAUGUACAAGAAAGCUUUAAACCUUUCAUACAGUGAAAAGCUUGUGAAACGAAUAGCCAAAAUGGAGGCCUACUUAAAGGAGUGCUCCAAAGAAAGCUCUGAAGAUGAUGAUGGCAACAUGAUAGAUAUGGGAUCUGGCUUCUACCUGUUCAAGGAUCUGUUUAAGAAGUUGUAUUCACACCAGAAGGAAGGCGUUCUUUGGAUGUGGAAACUAUUCAAGCGCAAGAAAGGUGGCAUUCUUGGAGACGAUAUGGGUUUGGGAAAGACGAUUCAGGUGAUCGCCUUCCUGUCCGGGAUGUUUGAUAUGGACAAAGUAAAGUCAGUUCUUAUCAUUAACCCAGUAUCUGUGAUGUCCAACUGGGAGAGAGAGUGUACAAAAUGGGCCCCGGGAAUCAAAAUGAUGGCAUUCCAUGGCACAAGUAAAAAAGAACGUGAGCGAUCUCUGACAAAGAUUCAGAAUCGAGGCGGUGUUCUGCUGACAACGUACGGGAUGGUCAUCACUAGCUGGGAACAGAUCUCACAGAAAGAUGGCAGAGAGUUUGUGUGGGAUUAUGUUAUACUGGAUGAAGGCCACAAAAUCAAAAACCCAACGAAAACAACGAAAGGUGUUCAUGCCAUCCCUGCGGUAAAUCGGAUUAUUUUGACAGGAACCCCAGUGCAGAACAAUCUCCGAGAAUUGUGGGCCUUGUUUGAUUUUGUUCACCAGGGGUCUCUGCUGGGAACUUCUCGUACAUUCAAAAUGGAAUAUGAAAACCCAAUCACCCGGUCUCGUGAGAAAGAUGCAACCAACCAUGACAAGAAACUGGGUGAGGAAAUGGCACAGAGCUUAAAGAAAAUCAUUGAGCCAUACUUCCUGCGUCGAACAAAGGAUGAAGUUCAAGCGAAGACUCAGAAAUCGUUAAAUGACCCUGGUUCACAACAAACUGAUCAUGCACAAAUGCCGUCACUGACAAGGAAGAAUGAUUUAGUGAUUUGGUUGUUUUUGUCCACGGCUCAACAGAAAAUCUACGAAGACUUUCUUGCCCUGGACAGUGUUAAAGAGCUACUGAUGACGACAAAAUCACCUCUGGUUGCUCUGACCGUCUUAAAGAAGAUCUGUGACCACCCGAGACUGCUGUCAAACAGAGCCAUUGCACAGCUAGGUCUCAAUGGAGAGGAGGGGUUGGACGACUCCAUGUCGGAUCACCCGUUGGCCAUGGAGAGUGCUGUGACGAACAUCAAGAACGUUGACAAUUCCAUCCUCAUCAACGAGUCGGGGAAGCUUCAGGUUCUCAUCGAACUGGUCGACAACCUGAAGGCUGAAGGUCACCGGUGUCUCAUCUUCUCUCAGUCGCGAAAGAUGCUCGACAUUAUUCAGAAGAUUAUUACCGACCGGGGACACAGAGUUAUGAGACUGGAUGGGACAGUGAGACUCAUCAGUGAUCGAGACGAACGCAUCAAAAGGUUUCAGAAUGACGAAUCUUACUCUGUAUUUCUGCUAACUACACAGGUUGGUGGGGUAGGUCUUACACUGACUGCUGCAGAUCGGGUGAUCAUCUAUGAUCCGAGCUGGAAUCCCGCGACCGAUGCCCAGGCUGUUGACCGUGUGUUCAGAAUAGGACAGAACAAGAACAUUGUAAUCUACAGACUCGUAACAUGCGGCUCCGUGGAAGAAAAGAUUUAUCGCAGACAGAUUUUCAAGGACUCCAUUACUCGACAGACAACAGGUGCCACAAAGAACCCAUACAGGUAUUUCUCAAAGUCAGAACUGCGGGAGCUGUUCAUCUUGGACAAUCCGAGGUUUUCGACAACCCAGGAACAGCUGCAGGAUAUGCAUUGCAAUCAGCGCAAGUCCGACGUCAGUCUGGAUGCUCACAUCGCAUACCUCCAUUCCCUGGAUAUUUUUGGUGUCAGUGACCAUGACCUGAUGUUCAGCCAGGAGGCAGAACCAAAUGAAGAAAUGGUGGAAGAUGGCGAACACUCAAGUGCUGAUUACAUUCAGAACAGGGUUCUGAAAGCCCAGGAACUUCUACAAAUGGAGUCCAGUCUUCCAUCAACAUUGGAGGAAAGAAUGGGGAUACAUCCCAAGGUUAAUGGUGAAGUCCGCAAACAGAUUCCAAAUAAAAAACCGUUCAAUCCUCAAUUCGGAUUUUAUGAUCUGUCUCCACCUUCUGUUGUUGACACAGAAAAUACAGAACAAAAUGAUGAUACCAUGGAUCUUACAACUCACAUAAAGGAAGAAACCAUGACAUCUGAAGAUACUGAUAUAGAGGACGAAGAUGUAAACCCAUAUGAAAGUGGUGAUAUGCUUCUCGCAAACGUCAAACAAGAGAACAUUAAACGAGAGGACUCGUACUCAGAAUCAUCUGAUCCUGAAGAUAGAGACGAAAUGUCUCACAGAAGGGUGGACAGAACACAGACGAACGAGAGAGAUGAUAUGGAAAGUGAGAAACGUGAGAUCACUGAACAGGUGCAGGAGAUAUCUCACGCUGAAAUGACAUCACCACGGAUUAAGGACAGAGUCAGCAGUGAAAGCGAUUCCGAUGAUGAAAUAGCAGCCGCCAACGGAAGUUUGACUCCUGAACAGCCUGGUGGCAGGGACCGUAACUCUGUCUGUGAUUAUUCUGAAAACAUUGAAGACCCUGGGACUGAAGAUACAAACUGUGAUAACCAGAGUCAUGGCAUUCCGAGUCGUAAAAAGAGACAAAAUAAACCAGAAAGUCCUCGCGUAGUAACCAGACCUUUCCAUCAGUCAAAAUCGAUCUUGAGCCCUGAUCGAGGAUCGGGUGUAAUUGUUGAGGAAGAGCUGCUCAUAUCACCAGACCCUUCCCUUCCGAUAAUAGGACUAAAACAAAAACGUGGCUCCACUCUCUUCGGUUAUUCAAAAGCGUUAUUUCCAGUGGAAGAGAAAUCAAAGAGAAAAGAUCAGGCAGCCUUCUCCAGCCGUUUAACAUCUCCAAGCCCAAUGGGCAACAAGUCUGAAAGGAAAACAGAGUCCACUGUCUUCGGUUGUGGAACAAGUCCACAUCCGGUUGGGGAAAAAUCAAACAGAAAACAUGAAUCUGCUGUAUCCAAUUAUUCCACAGGUCCACAUCUGGUGGAAAAGCAGUCGGCCAAGACACCUUUCAAAAGUCCUGAAAGACUGGGUAAACGAGAAGUGUCAGACCGUGACCCAGUUCAUCCAGGGUCGCGUCCGAGUGGAGCCGUCCCCAAUUCUGACUACGGCUUAUCAGAGUUGGCGGUAAAUCCUAGGUCAUGUUCGAAGUCUCCUGGGUCACUUCUUGAUCGGACCCUUCUUUCAGCCGACACUGAUGCUAGAUCAGAGUCUGAAUCAAAUUUCAAAGAAAAAAAUAAACUCUUCUCCUGUUCUCCUGGUUCUUUGAUAAACCGGACACUUCUCGAACCGGUAUUUAUCUCUCCCGAUGCCGAACAGAAGACUGCAAAACCUCUGACCAAGUCUCCAGGCUCUAUUCUUAGCAGGACGUUCAUGGGGUCUGCUGAAGAUUCGCCUCGUGCAGGGUCCUCAACUUCUUCCAGUGGCAGCGAUCAUGGCAGGCACCUCUUGGAAACAUUUGUGGAAGAUUCUCCCGAGAACAUUAAAACGAACAGGCAUGCUGGUCAUAUGGCAGAACUGGUAGAAAAUACGCCGGAUGUAAGAGACGCCAGCGACUUGAAAUGUCCCGAUUCAGACUUGCUAGAAGAAAUUUCGUCAUCUUUUGAGUUUGUUAAUAAUUCUUACGCUGCCAAUGAUGAUGGUGGUGAUGAAGGUGGUACUCCUGUUAAGAGAACCACUAGAAGACGGAGUGUGUGUAGAAAGCGAGUCAUAGAGAGUUCCGAAGACGAGAGUACCGACGCGAAGGACGACCAAUCGAGGCCGUCAAGUGCUGAGCUGGUGCAGGAAGAAUGUGAUGAUGACUCGGCGUAUGUUGAUGCCGGAUCCAGGCCAGAGAGCGCCAUGUCUGUUGAGGGAAAACAUGGAGGAGAGAAAGCUGGGUCUGCUGACAAAAACACUGAAGGUGGCUUUCUACUCCAAAAUGAUAAGGAAGAUGAACCCUCUGUCAAUGAAAUCAAAAACUCCAGUCAUGAAGAGAAAAUUGAAGAAGACAGUUUUAUCGACAAUGAUGAUAAUGCUGAUGAAGAGCAUGGUGAAGAGGGUGAAAAUGGUGAUGUUGAUGCUGAGACAGAGAGUGAUAAUACAGAUUCUGAUGAAGAGGACGAGUUUGAUGCUCUUCCAGAAAAACUCCGGCGAGGGUUUAACAGACUCAUGGACAAGGGCAGCGAGCUUUACAAAGAGAAGGAUCUGGAGGGGGCCUUGAUUCACAUUCUCCAAGCUCUGGAGAUUUAUGAAGAUCCUGAUGCCCAGAAACUGGCCCACAAAAUUGAAAAAAAGAUCAACAAGAACAGACAUCGCAAUUAAUUUAUCUGCUGAUUUGUUUCAAAUGUGGAAAACUGGCUUAGGACAGUGAUGUGCAUUUUGUUUUUUAAAACCUUUUGAGAAGGUCAUUGAUUUGUCAUUAUUUGUUAGUGCCUUGGUAACAUUGUGCAGAUGUCAAAAUUAACAUUUCUCCAUUUAUCUUGAUAAGUGCAUGAAUUUGACAGUCAUAAUGAACAGUUUUGAAUUUGUCAAAACCUAUGAAAAGUGCUUGGAUUUGAGAAAAUUGUCUUAAAUUGCUUGAAUUACAUAUUUCCGCUGGUAGAUUUUAAAAUUUACCUUUCUCAAGUUUAUUAUUCUCAUACUUUCAAAAUAAUUUCAGCUGGUAUUAUUGACAGUUUGUACUAAUCAAAUGUCAUUUUAAAUUCCAAAUAUUCAAAAUUGUUGGAUAUGCUGUUACGAAUACUGACGAAAAUAUAAGAGA